GCUUAGAGUGAUCUGAAAGGAACAGAAACACUUAGCCUUGAACUUUUGUUCUGCCGCUGCUUCUUGUGCCUCUAAGUGGGAAUGCAGCAGAUGCAAUAGCAAUAGAUUGUCUUGGCCAGCAGAAAUCUCCAUUGGAAAAAUUUAUGGUCAGACUGUGCACGUAUCACCAGAAGCACUUCGUCCGUGUCCUGAACGACAUAUGCACUGAAGUACAGACUGGAUGUGAGUUACCUGGACCUGAAAGCAUGGAUGCAUCCACUUGUAGCUCUGGCUGUAGCCAGUAUCACACUGAAAACCAGGACGUUGGACCUUCUUGCUCUGAAUCAAAGCUCCCUUCAUCUCUGGACCCAGAGCAGUCAGGGCCUCAUGGCUCCCUGCGCCUACUAUGCCAUGCCCUGAAGCAGGCUGUUGAUCUCAAAUCUACUGACAGAAGAGAAAACUGCAUCUCUUUGGCCAGAAGAGAUUUCCCUGAGCUUCCUAAUAUCAGAGCAAGUUCUUCAAAUCCCAGAGAUAGUCCCACUCAAGGAUACCUCACUGCUUCCAACUCUCAUCACUCUGCUAAAAGUCUAGAAGGACAGACUCCUGGUAGUGAGCAAGAGAUGGGGUUGAGGAAAGGUGACGAUGACAAAGAACAGAUGCAAAACAGAACUUUACUGGGAAGCUACAUUGCUGGGAAAGCAGCAAAUGUAAAUACUAGUGAAGAUAGUCUGGAGUGUCGUGUGGGCUCUCAGAAGAAUGCUUUCAAAGCUUUUCCAGAGGAGAACCGAGAGUCAGCUUUCACCACAAGUUCACCCCGCAGAGCUGACAAGGAGAAUGCUUUGCAAUGCAGCUCCAAAGCCCCUCUGCACCAGGAUAUUGAAAUAAAUGACCAAGAAAUGAGACAGAAGGUAGAGAACCAUCACCAAGCUUCAGGGAAGAGCAAGGGAAGCUACCAUGUGCAUUCUCUUGACAAGACUCAUGUGGAGAAUGCCAAAGACAGCUGGCUGCCCACUGGUUCCAUGCCAGUGGUCCACCACAAAGCUACCAAUGGACAUUCUAGGCCUAAGAGCAUUUCAGCCUCCACCAAAAGCACACGUAAGAAUAAAAGAUCUUCAGGACUGAGAAUAAAUGACUAUGAUAACCAAUGUGAUGUUGUUUAUAUUAGCCAGCCAAUUACAGAAUGUCACUUUGAGAGCAAGAGGGUAGUGUCGUCUAGGAAGACAGCAAGGAAGAGCACACGUGGGUACUACUACAAUGGUGAAUGCUGUGAGCUUCCCACUGUUCGCACCUUGGCCAAAGCCUCUCAUGUACAGGAGAGUGGAAACACCUUAGAACCAUGGACUGAGGUGCUAACAAGCCCUUGUCAAGAGGUCACUCUUCCAGGGGAUAACUACUUGGCAGCAGCCCAAGCUAUGAGUGCUGAUGGUGAUCAAAGUUCUUCCAUUGUGGUCCUCCCUCAAGAAGAUUCCUCCAACAAAAAAACUCAGAAGACAGCUGAACCAUGCCAGGCUGAGAGUGUCCCUCCUCUGACCAAUUUCUUAGAGCAGAGAUAUGUUAGUUCUACUGAAGCAUCCACAGUGGAUCUCUCUCUACUUCCCAACUCUGUUCCACAUAUGGAAGAAAGCCGCUUCUCUGGGUCUUCACUUCAAAUCACUGUUGACCCUUCUUCUUUGCAACUGAGGGAAGGGAAGAUGCAUGCUGAAACUGAUGCAGAUACUGUGCAACAAGCUGUUAGUGACAUGGAGUCUUGUAAGAGUAGUGAGCCUAAUAAAUACAGUAACAAUGAAUCCAGUUCUGAACUGUUCUGUGUCUCAGAACCUGCCCGUGAUGAAGAAACUUCUCUCUGCUUGGAAAACAUAACUACCCAAGAACCUUCAGUUCCUACAGACCAGGAGCCUCCUGUUAGCCUGGACUUGAUGACAUCUGAAGAACCUGAAAACAAAAUUGAUAUUUUGCCCCCAUUAGAGGAACCUGCUUCUCCUGCAGGCUUGCCACUACCUGUAGAACCCCCACCUCUCUCCCCUGUAGAGCCACCACUCUCUCCUAUAGAGCCACCACUGUCUCCUGUAGAGCCUCAGACAGAACCUGCUGCCCAGCUAGUAUGUGUGGAGCCUUGUAGGUCCUUUCCUGCAGAUCUCCUCCCUAUCUCUCCGUGUGUGUGUCCUGGGGAAGCUGUUGCUGACUCAAGUGUAGCGUCCCCUGUAGCAUUAAUUGAGAGUGUAGCUACUGAGUCUCCUGCUUAUAUUGACCCAGAGCUUUCAGAAACUCUUUCCAUAGAAACUUCAGUGGUUGUACCUGACAAGGUGGAUUCAGAAAUUCCCCAGUCCCUUUCUAACUUAGAUGCAACAGAGGUCCCUGUCAGUUUGCAGUAUGCUAAUGCACAUAAAAGCAUUAAUAAUACUGAAACCAGUAUUGAAAGUUCUCAGAGUUUGGAGGGAUGCCUGAACGACAAAGACCUGACUAGGAAGGGUGAAAAUGUGUUGCCUAUUUCAAAUACUGAUGACAGUUGGGGUGAGGAGACUGUAAAAAAUACAGUUAAGAUUAGUGAGCCAGUUGGGGAAGAGGAAGCUGACAGCAAUACUCCAUCAAUGGUCAAAAUAUCAAAAACAAGUAACAAGGAGGAGGCUUCUUUCCAAACAAACCUAGACAAAAAACGAAAAAGGGAGAAAAAACUUCAAGUUGCAUCUGAUCGCUGUCUUCGAAGCCAGCAAUCCCUAUCACCUAUAGGUGACAAUACUGAGCAGCCCAGCUCUUCCACCUCUCUACAGCUUCCUCAACUACAGAUUAAGCUUUCUAAAAAUCCUGGCACUAAGCGUUUUAAGAGGGAGGUGCAUCUUGAUGGGGCAGCAUCUGUGUGUGUUCCGAGUGAUGGAUUCCAUAAAACUCUGCUCAAUGACAUAGCAAACACUCUGGAGCCACAGACAGGUGAGGAAGGUGACAUCACAAUGGGGCAGACCUACAAAACAAUGUUGACAACAGAGACUGUAAUAGACGAAGGCCAGGAUGAAGAAGGUAACAAAAGUAAGCCAGGAGCAAUGCUUGAAAUCUGUUUAGAGGCUAAUUCUGACAAGAGAAGUGUUCAUGUCCCAGUAGGAACCUCUGAUAAAAGGGAAAAGGAAACAGAUUUUAAUCCAGAAGCUCCAGGGAACUCUGAAAGUACUAUGAAUACUGCAAAUGUGUUGCACACCCAAAGUGGGACUAGCUUUCCCCCUUGUCCUGCUGGUAAGAACGGAAGCAAGAAUGCACCAUCCGAGAAGCCAGUAAAGUACAAGAAGCCAGCCCUCCAGUUUUAUAACUUGCGACACAGCCCUGUCCCAAUAUCUGUGGCCACUGCUUCUAAAAACAUACCAGAAAAAGAAACUGUACAAGAACACGCUAAUGCAGAAAAUGAAGACACUAUUGACUUUAGCAGUGUGGAGGUGCUGCCUGAGAACAAACCCAGCUUUGUAGAAUGGUGCACUGAAGAAGAGAACCAAGAACUCAUCACUAACUUUAAUUCCCAGUACAUGAAAGUCCAGAAAGGUUGGAUUCAGCUGGAGAAGGAGGCCCAGCCAGCUCCAAAGGUCAAAAAUAAAUCUGACAAGCUCAAAGAGAUUUGGAAAAGCAAGAAGAGGACUCGGAAAUACAAAGGAUCUACUGAAGUCCAGAAGCUCUCCCCUGUUCAGAUGUUGUUUAUGAAAGCUUUUGAUUUACCCAAUAUAUGUAAGUGGUUUAUGGAAACAACUGAAACCAAGUCUCUGGUCAUUGUGAAGAAGAUGAACACCCGUCUCCCAGGAGACAUCCCCCCCAUCAAGCUUCCACUGCAAAAGGGUUGCUCUUCCUAUCCAAGCUCACUUCAAGCUGAACGUCUAAAAAAACAUCUGAAGAAGUUUGCAGCUAUGAUUCCAGCAAAAAAUACUAUAAAGACUCAAAAGUUGUGGGCUAAGCUUCGAGAGAGCACUGAGGAAACUGAGUCAGAGCAAAUUGCCACUCCAAAGCAGAUACCCUCUUCGGAAAUAAGUUUGGAAAAUGGGAUUGAGGCUAGUACAGCCCAGCAUCAGGCUAGCACACCAGUGCAAACCAGCUCACGAAUCUUGAGGAAAUACUCCAAUUUACGUGGCAAACUUCAUGGCUUCCGCAGAAUGGUCAAACAGGAGAAGAAUGACUGUGUGGCAAAGCAAUCAUCAAAUGAAAGCAAGACAAGCAGCAAGAGCUUGUGCAUUAAACCUCUGAUGUCUCCAAAACUGGCCCAGCAGGUCAAAGCCUCCUCACUCCCUACUAAAUCUAAUCUGUCUGAAAAAGGAGGAAAAGUGAAAAAAGGGAAAGCUAGAUCACAGGAAGACAAUGUGUGUAAAGGCAAUCUUAAGCAAAGGAAAAACAAGGCACUGAAUGAAAGCAGCAGGUCCCAGAGCUCUUCAAGCAAAGAAAGUGUCCCUCUUAAGAAAGGCAGUAAAUUGAAGCAUGUGGAAUCGCCUACUACCAAGAAGCAGCCAGCUGUGAAGAAGAAGAAUAUGCAUGCAUCCCGGAAUGAGAAGACAAAGAAACGGAUUGAAUCACAACCUGGGAAAAGGAAGUCUAUUACCCAGAAAGCAAAAGUGAACACCAGUCAAAAAACUAUCCCCCAGUCUUCCAGAUCAGGACCAGCUAAGCCCUUAAAGCAGAAAGUGAAGCAAGACUCCUUCAGCCGGUCUCUUAAAGCAUUGACAAAAAAGGCAAACAGGGGCAAAGCUCUGACAAAGUCAGUGAAACAAAUACAGGAGAACAGCAAAGACCAGAACAAGAAGAAGACAAGAGCUGCAAAAGACUCUCCACCCAGCAAACGUAGACGGAUGGAUGCAAAGUAACAGGCUUAGGCUGGACAGGAGAUUGGUUGUAAAAACCCUUUCUCAUGCAUUAAGGAAAUCCAUUUCUGAACAAAGGGGAAGGCAAGCCUGUAGCUGAAAGCCUUCCUUCCCUCACUGAUUCUGAGGAGUUCCCUAGCUGUGCUGCAGCCAGAGAGAAACAACAUUCUUCUCUGUUACUGAGAAGGGAAGUUACUGCUUCUGAAAAUUCCUAGCAUUGCACUAGGAGCAAGGCAGUUUCAUUUUAAAGUACAGUGCCUUAUUUAUCCUCUUAAUAAAUAAAUUAGUCUGUAUGAUUUAAAGGCUGGAAGUUUAUAGUUAAUGCACGAGCACUUGUACUGUCGUGGAAAGAGAACCAACUUUCAUGCCCAUCUCAUAGACCUUGCCAACCUGUCUGCUGUGGUCCAUGCAGGAGCAUUGUCUUUCUCUGAAGCGUUGAAGUAUUGUGACACUGUUUAGUCUGAGAAGGGCAUUAUAAACCCCCAACCCAAAUAGUUUUCAUACUUCAAUGCUGUUCUUUACUCACAGGACAUAAUAAUGUAUUUUAUUAAGGUAUUUACAGUUGAACAUAUUAUGUAAUUUUACGAUUAAGGGUUUAGCUGUUACCUAACUUGGCUCUUGGGUUGAAAUGACACUGUUUCAGCAAUGUCUUCAAAAGCUGGCAACAUGCCUGGCCAACUUUGCUUGCUUGGCAAGAGAAUUAAUUGCCUUCUAUUAUACCAUAAGCGCAUUUCCUGCCACCUCUGUCAUUUCCUUAAGACCUGUAUUUUAAAGUGCAAUCUGAACACUUCAGAAUGGUUCUAUUCCUUCCUAUUUUACUCUGAGACUCAUUUCUGAAUACCCUUGGAGAAUGGUUGGAUAAAUUCGUAUCUCAGCAUGAAAUAGAUAAUUCUAAGUGAUGUUUGGUUGCAUCUUAUUAUGUGGGUCUCAAGAUGGAACAUUGCAAAAACCAAUGUUGGGAAAUGCCCACAGUUAAAGGCCCUUUUCGAUUGUAGGCAUCUUUGUUUUAUUUCUCUAUGUGGUUGCUGCAAAUCCUUUUUCCAUACUUAAGAAACUUUUUAAAAAAACCAGAAUGGAGCAAUGCUGCCUCUGAAUGAGAUAGUAUCUGGAAUUAUCUGAUGCUUUUACAAGCAUAGUGGGGUGCAGCUUAAAUUAAAGCAGAUUCUACUGUCUUGUUCUAAGGAGCUGUAUAGUCUUAGCUCUCCAAAUACUCCUUUGUGUUUCACAUAACUUUUUUUGUCCUCACCUUCCAAGUUUAAGUGUAUUCUGUAAAGGUCAAGAAGCCAUCUCUCAUCAAACAAGAUAUUUGUAUGAAAACCUGUUUGAAAGCAAACAGUCCCCUUCCAAGUGCAAACAUUUGUUUUGGAUCUGAGAAGAGGAAAGCAGCAUUUUCUCAGAGGAAACGUCCUGUGCAGUACACUUCAUGCUACCCAUCUGUUGGUUGACUAUGGUUGCUUCCACUCUGAGGCUGCAGAUGGGAGGCAAAACCCAGCCUUUUAUUUAUUUCUCUAGUUUCUCUUUAAGCCACAACCAAGACAAAGCUGUUUGCUUAGAAACCUGUGCAAAUUUCCACGUUAGCUGUAUGUGGCACCCAAGAGCUUCCUGUAGAGGACUUUGAAUCGCUUGACCUUUUAGAAUAGCUCUCCGUGGAUACCAUCUGAGAUUGACGUAUUCAAACACAUAUUUUACACAUUAUAUUAACUGGCUUGAGCCAGUCUUUUCAGUUGAUGAAUAAUAUAUUGAAUAAAAUGAAAGAGAAACUCUUCAGAAAGAAUGAAGAUGGUUUAGGUGUGAUGAAACUGAUUAUUUUUUAAAAAGGAGGGAGGUUGCAUUAGCAUUGGCACUCCUAUACCAAAGCUCAUUACUGCAGGCAGAAAAUGGAUAACUAGCUGUAUAGUUUUGUUUUGUUUUUUCCACUGAUCAAAGAGACUGGAAUUUGACUUCUGAAAAUGCAAAACCCUCCUGCUCACCCAAGGUUGUGGAUUGAGAGGGUGCACUAAAGCUAUAAGACACAUCAGGGUGGACUCUUUUUUAUGAAAUAUUUUUAAAUCAUCAAUUUUUAACUCCUCUCUCUUCAUUUAAAUCAUGCUGUAUAAAAUUAAUUGUUGUAAACAUUAAGUCACACUUGAUACAGUUGAUACAGAUUUGUCUGAUUGUUAUCUUAACUGUGGUUAUCAAGUGUGUUAGACAUUCCACCAGGAGUAUUAAAAGGUAUUUAAGGAAGUGUGUGAAAUUGUAUGUGUGAGUGAGAGGAGCAAGCUUGUCAAAUUUUCAUUUCUCCUUUUUCUAACUUUCUACAUCGACAGAUGUGUAAAUCUUCCUGCUCCCUCUACCCAGGGCUGCUUCCUAACAAUAUGCUGGGUGGUUGGAGCACCUUGUGGUACUUUCAGCUAGUGAUUCAGAUCCAAACACCACCUAAUAAAACCUUUCUACCACUUUUUGCUGUCCUAUUUCUUGUGUGGCCUCUAGUCUAAAAAAAUAAUUUUUAAGACAUGUGUAAUAUGCUUGAGUUCUGUAUUUGUCCCCAUUUUGUGUAACCUGCUUGAUGGGCAGGUUGCCUGAGUAUGAGAAGUUAGAAUAUAUUUGCAAAGUUUUGCCCAGGCCCUGAGACAGUUGCUUGUGCUACUAGUUUUGGUUCAUCUGCUGUCUCACUGUUUUUUGAGAGGGCACGUGGACCUAGGUUCAAAUACCAGGGGCUUCUGUCAAGGCAACUCUUCUCUAUGUAAGCAUUGGACUGUGUACCUUUGAAGUACAGAAGGAGAAAAGAUUACCCAAAUAACUGAAAGCAGUGUAAAUAAAAGUUUUUAAAUAUUAGCAAUUGUUAGUUGCUAAUAUUAAAGUGAAAUUAUACUCUGACUGAAAUGUUUAUUGAGUCUGAAUUCUGUGCAUCAGAAUUCAGUCAGUCACUGGCAUACAGAGAUGUUGUCCCCCACAUUUUAAAUUGCAGAAACAUUCCCCUUCCCUUGUGAUACCUCUUUUUCUUUUUAUGAUGGUGACCACUUGGUUCUCAGCCCUUUUAAGUAAAAAUAAUCUAGCCUGGACUCAGUUUUUCUUUUUAGAACAUACACAGCUUUUCCUCAUGCCCUGUGUCCUCCCUAGCUUCCCCUUAGGCUUUUGCUGGGUGAAGAGGUUGGUGAUCUGUGAAUGAAUAAAUAGAGGCCUCUCCCAUCGCCCUGUGCAGAGGAAGUAGGUGCUUUAUGAUAUUAGAGGACUGUAGUACAGUUCUGACUUGGUGAUGUUAUAAACUACUUCCACCUCUUGGUCUGAAAAGCUAAAACUCUAGUAUAGGAACAAGAAGCAUGGGGUGUGUGUGUGAAUGUAUUAUUGUAAUAUCUCUCUUCAGUGUAUUAGAAAGAAAGGAUUCAGUUUACAGUUUCUCUGUUCAUGAUUAUCUUUUUGCUUCUACCAGCCUACUUGUGAGAACCCUGCUGCCAGGUCUGCAAGCAUAGUCAAAUCAAAGUUGCUUGGAUAUUCUGGAUUCCAUACUAAGGCACUCCAAGAAGAAUGUGGAUGACCUUGUUUAUUGAAUAAGACGUCAUUCAGUACCAUCUUCCAUUCUUCAGAAAUUGUGGUCUAUCAUUGUUCUCAGCCUUUCUUUUAUUGUUCCUACUUUAUAUUUAAAAAUACAUCAUCUUCCCCCAUGGUAGAAGAACCUUGACUUUCUUUAUUGAAGAUUGCUGUUAGUUGCUUUGCUGUUAACCUUUCUCAGAUCUCAUACACUGAAUGGACUAUUUCAGCCCUUGCUUGUUGUGGGAUUCUUUUCAUAACCUGCUGUGUUGCCCACUCUUUAUUAUUUGUACUUAUUUCAUCCCCUAGCUCUAGCCCCUUGCUUCCCAUGCCCCUUGAGAUCAACUGAACCUUCUUCCCAGAGAGUGCUUCCAUUUCUCAUGCUUCUAUUUCUCCCCCAGUAACCCUAUUCAUGGUCAAACUCUUGAUGCUUUUCUUCCUGUUGUGUAGAUUUUUGCUUUUAGCUGUUUAAUGAAGGUUGUCUUGUCUUUUAUUACUGGGGCAACCAACUGCUGUACACAGUGUCAAAAACUAAUGGCGUACUUUCACACAGAUGUACACAACCCCCACAAAUUGAACAGUAUUUGUUUCAGCUAUAGCUUUGAACUCUGUUUCAUAGUUGCUGGGUGGCUGAUGCAGUUGUGGAGAUUUUAUUUAAAGCUCUUCUUUCCAGGUCAAAAUGGUGGCAGCAUACAUGUGUUUUAUAUAGUAAAAAUGGUUUGGUUUCCCUUUUCAAGUUUCCCUAUCUGCAGAAUAUGUUAAAGAAGACGGCACGAUGUAGUGGUUUGAGUGUAGGACUUAGACCCUGGAGAUAGGGAUUUGAUUUCCUGCUCAACCAUGGAAACCCAAUGGGUGACCUGGGGCAAGUCCCACAUUCAGCUCCAGAAAACCCUGAGAUAGGUUUGCUUUAGGGUUGUCAUAAGUAGGAAACGAUUUGAAGGCAUACAACAACAACAACAAAUAAUAUAUUAGCGCCACAUAAGACUGUUACUAAGGCUGACCAUUAAGCAUUUAUGAUUUUGUGCAGGGUCUUCUUGGGCAGAUUUUUCUGCUCACAGGAAUAUUUUGUGUUCUUGGCUUCUUGUGAUAAGGAUCUUUCCCCUGUUCUCUUCAUGGGAGAUGGGCACUAACUUGUCUCCAUUUAAAAAUUAAAAACCAGGUAUUUAAAAACACCUGAAUUUUGGCCAUCUCAGCACCCACAGCACAAUUCAGAUAGGAUGUGAGCAAUUCAGACAGGAUGUGAGUUUGUGUACCAGUUGUGCUUCUAACACAGCAGAUUGGCAAGGAAUUGUUGAGCCAAAGGGAAAUAAUAUAGAAAGGAUUUUAGAAAAUGUGUGGCUGCCUGUAAAAUUUUAAACAGAACUAUCCACUUAGUGGCUUCUCUUCCACUAGUUACUGUAGACUCACCAAACAGAAAAAAAUAGGCAUUUUGAAAUCUGAACAAGCUAGUCAAUGGGUUACAGACUGGUGUCUCACUAACCUGUAAAACCCUUCUCUGUCCUUGCUUAAUCUGUUACUGUCCCCACACUUUUGGUCUGCCUAGUUGUUCUGCAGGAGUGAGAAUUGAGUAGCCUAGGCACCUAGCCUGGAAGGUCCCAUUCAUUGUCACAGUUUGUUUUCUCAAAGAACUCCUUGACAAACUUCUUUAAGCCACUUGGCACAUCCUUGUUUUUUCUGCACAGAAAUUAUGUCUGUCUCUCCUGACACCAAUAAUGGCUAAACAAAAGCUUGCAUGUUUUUCACACAUGAUGGUGUAUAUAACCCUAUGCUUUCUGGUUACUUUGUUGUCAUGUAUUUUCUUUUCUGUUCUUGCAUUUAGCUAUGUAGUUGUAAAAUGCCCCAUUAUUCCUUCCAAAAACGAUCUCAGGAGUUCUCAUUUGUAUUGAGAGGAAGGUCUUCUUAAAACGUUUCUAUUUUGAAUUGUGUCCCUGAAUCAUUGUUUCUCACAGAAUAAUGAAAAUGAAUGGUGUCUGAAUGGUUUUGUUACUUCUGUGUGACCCUAGGUUGGUUUUUUACAUUGCAGUGCUAUCAAGCAUUUUCUGAGAAUCUGCUUUUUGUGUAUUCCUUUCAAAUGCAAUGUGAAUAUAUGCAUAUAUGUAUAUGAGUGUAUAAAUAUGUAUAUGAAAAGUAGGUGCUGUGUUAACAUAGCAUCCAACUAGCAGUUGAAAUGCUUUCCUAGGUGCAGGGUAAAUACUGCCUUCUCUCCCCAGGCAGUCACAAAAAUGGAAGAAUAAUAAUGUAAAUAUUUUUAUAAUAUUUAUUUCCUGUAAUUUGUGCUAAUGAUUCUUGGUUUUUGCAGUAUAGUAGCAUGGGAUGGGGGGGGGAGUGUUUCUUACUCAAGGUAUAAUUGGACACAGGGAGAAAGACUGGCAUCUGGUCUGGAAUUUAUGCUGCAAAAUCGAAGUCCUAGUUCCCACUGAGAUGGUAAAUCGGUUUGGAUCAGAAUACUUCAGACUCAGACAACUCUGUACUCCUUCCCCCGCUGCUCUCUCUGUGUGUACAUGUCUGUGUAUAUUCUCCACAUAGAAUACCAGGUAUUAGAGAGAAUUGUUGUAGUCUAGCCUCCCUGAUAUUUUUGUGUACCAAAAUGGUUGAGGGUGAUGAGCCAUACAGUUCUAGCCAGGUGGAACUCAGUACUCCUCCCUUCCCCUCCCAUUUCAUCUGUUACCCUCCCUCCCUCCCCCCUUUUAGUGGCUGGUGGAGAGCAAGGAGUGGCAGAUAAGCAUCUGGUAUGUGUCACUAUUGCCAGAUGCACAAUGACAGAGGCAUCCUCUAGGAUCUCCCUUGCUAUAGAUAACAGCAAGAUUCUUCUGUGCCAUCCACUGCCUCUCUCACUGGCCACCACAUGCCCAUGUUGGAGGAAGGCUCUGGCACCAGGUUAGUUUUGAGGGGGCAGGGGUCAUUGCACAAAAGACAGGGUGAAUUCUUCCCCUUUGUAAGGGCCAAAAAAGAUAUGUAUCCCUACCAGUAUGCCAGCCAUGUUUUGUGCUCUCAGGUGGGUGCUCAUCUACAGUCUGAAGUGAAGACAGCAAGACAGAUUUGCCAUCUCAGAGUUAUGUCAAACUGGAGUAAAAGCAUUACAUGCUCCCCCUCCCCCACAAUCUUGUUUUCUGUGGAAACAAGUUGAAAUUCCCAGCUGCCACUGUUUUGGGUAAGCUGCCUGUUUUUGUACCUUUGGGAGCCGUAUAAGUGAGCAAUAAGAAUCUUAGUAAUAAUGUUUUCACUGAUAAACCAGUAUCAAAGUCCUGAUAAGGAUGGUUGUACAUAUGUGUGCACAUGUCUUGUUUAAAACUGCUUUUUUUCAGUGGCUCUUACACAGAGGAAGGUACAGCUUAUGUUUCAGCCUCUGCAUAUUUAUGCACAACUACAAGAAGUCCUUAGUUUGUAAGUCCAUCCUAGUUUGUUCAUUGGGCGUAGUAUGAGGGCAGUGCCAGUGGCAUACACAGAAAGCAUGAUGGUGCCUUCUCUCCCCUUUGCAGCUGAAUUGACACCUUCUCUUGUGUUAUAUGAUUGCUACUUGCUGUGCCCAUCAGUUUUAAAAGAUUAAACUAAUUCUUCGCCACACUAAGUUCCACCUGCUGGGCAAAGUUCAAAAGUCAUGUUUUUCCAUUUCUUUGGGUUCUCUCUAAAUUUACCUUUAUUUGUUUUGUUGUUGUUGUUUUGUUUUGUUUUGUUUUGUUUUGUUUUGUUUUUUUGGAUCAUUAAUAUCCAUUUGUUUCCACCCUCUUGACUUGCCCUACAUUGUAUCAUGCAGUUUAGGAUAUAAUUCUGUUUUAUUUAUGAUGUUUCCAUGCCCUUUCUUGUUUAAUAUAGGGAAGUGUGGAAGUUCCUAAUUCCUUUUUUCUUUACAUUGGUCAUUCAGAACCCCCCUUCUUUCUACAGUAAAUGAAUAAAGAACCCAUGUUAUGAAACUAAGUGAUAGUGUCUCUCUCUUCUAACCAUUCCUCCUCUGACUGCAUCCUCUCUUGCCAGUCAAACAGUAGAUCUGGCUUGUAUCUGUUGUACAAUUCUCAAAUGCUGUUGAAGGGUAGUGGUUGUGAUUUUCUGCAAUCAGCUCUUUUUACAAGGAUGUUCCCAAAAUUUUAAGAUAAACUUUCUGCUCAGUUGAGUGAUCCUUCAUCAAUGUGUUGCACACAAUUGGCCCACAGAUGUGUCUAUUUGUUCUUAAGAGUUUCCUUCAUUGUUGUUGUCUUCUUCAUGUGUUGUUUCACACAGGUAAAUUUUAAUUGCUUUCUCUAAAAGAGUCUUUUCUAACAUCUGAAGAACCAUGUCUUGUGGACUCCAUUCUCCCUCCAUUCAUCCAGUCUGUCUGAUUCUCUGCACAUCUCUCAAAUUUAGUGUGUAAUCAAGUGGAAGAUUUAUAUCCUACUAUCAUUUUAUUUUACUUUCAGGGCACUAGGAAAUGCUGUGAUUUUAGAAAAAGAAUGUGUCUGCUGUGAAUUGUUGGUGAAUUGUGUCAUUAGAUAAUGUUUUAUAUACCUCACUCAAAAUGCAUCUUAAAAUGUAUCUUAAAAGCACGUUAUGUUCAGUUGCUUUCUACCUGUUCAGCCUAUCUGCUUACAACAGCAAGGUCUAUAUUAUGAACAACUUUCACCAAAUUUUAAUUGCUUCUGUGACAGUUCCACGUUUUGAGUGUUUUUGUGUGCUUUAUUUUCUUGAACAAUGGAAGACUGUGUGUUCUUGUUACUGAUCACUGGGCCCCGGAUGAGAUUUAGACUUUUUCUUCUGCUUCUUUUUCAUGCUGCUUUCUCCUCUUUAUGCAUUGUUUAUGUACCCCGUGUGCUCUAGGGUCAUUACUUUAUUGCAGCUUAUUAAACAUUUUUA